AUGAGAGAUCGACCGCCUGAUCCGAUGCUCCAACAGACGCCGACGACAGCAGAUUUUGCCCAAAGAUUGACAUCGAUGUCCACUGACACACCAACGCCCCGUAUUGCCGAGUCAGAUGGCCGUCUCCAGGAUUCAGGCCCAGGUACCGUCCUUCCAGCUUGGGAUACCGUGGAGCGGUACAGCCGGCUCUAUCUGAGGCACUGCAAUUACCAGCCACUUCCUCUAUUCUCAGAGAACUUGACCGCCACGCUCCGCUCGCGGGAUCCGGAACUGCUAUUCGCGAUAAUGGCCGUUGCAUCAAGAUUCGAGCCUACCAGUGCUAAGCUACCCGCACCACAUGGUUCAGCCUGGAUUUGUAAGUCUGAGGAAUUCGCUGUGUCUGCCAGGGAUUUGAUUAUGCGACGGGUUGCCUGUGGACCAAUUGAGCUGUCCACAAUACAAGCGUUGUGCCUGAUAAGCAUGGCUGAGUUCAAUAGUGGGAAUACUCCACAGGCAAGCACGUAUAGUACACUGGCAAUGGAUUUGGCGUCAUCUUCUGGGCUGUCUUCUGAUAGCCGAAGGCUGAAGCCUGACUCAGGCCAUGAGGCUCAAGAGCGAUUGAGAUGCUACUGGAGCAUAGUGCUUCUGAAGAACCUUUAUGGGAGUCAUGCUAGCACUGUCACAUUCGUCCACGACGAAAAGACACCCAGCCUUCCGGAAAGCCCGCGCCCCCCAGCUGGUCUCAGCUCUCUCAUGACCGACGCGGCUCUUGAGCAGCCAGAAAGCACGAACAGCGCCUCUGGACCGUCUGAUCUAGGCAUCGUUGCUUAUGUUAUCCAGUUGAGCGAGAUCUGGCAGAAAUCCGCCCGGUAUGCGCACCGACGAGGAAAGGUAGGCGGCCUGCCACCCUGGUCCGCACAGUCCGACCAUGCGCAGAUAACGGCAGAGCUUAUGGAUUCUGAGACCCGCCUGCCUUACAAAUAUCGGUUCCGUCCGGCUAGAUUUGCAGAGCAAGAACCCCGUCAGCUACAGGAACAUCAUGAAUUCUGGGCCUCAUGGAUUCUUCUGCAAAUGCUUUACCACACGGUUCUGUGCCUGCUUAACCAUCCGCUCCUCUUGUCCCUACGGCUGAGAAACUUCAGGGUCACGAUGGUGCCGGAGGUCUUUUUGCAACACACAGCCGACCUCACCGCAACACACACGGAGUGGAUCGUCCACUUACUGGACGUAUGCGAGAGAAAAGAAUUCGAGUUGUACAAUCCCUUCCUUGCACAUUCUGCUGCAACAGCCGCAACAAUCUACUUGCAGCAAAGCUACUCCGAGAAUUCUGCGAUCAGGUCGACAAAACAGGAAUGCUUCAGGAAGUGUGUUGCGUUUAUCAAGCGCUUGGGCUUGUACUGGCCUUACAUCGAGCAGCUGGCUCUCAAGAUCGAGCGAUUUGAGCAGGUCGUGUCAGCCUCGUACCGUGAGCCCACAUCGCAGCAUGUACCCAACGACCGGGUGUACAUUGACCUCGAUUUGUUCUGGGAGAUCAUUGAGUCCUCACUUGUCACAGAACUGCCUCAGACCACCAAAUCUUACUUCGGCGCGUCUUUAGCAUCUCAUCGUCAGCCGAUCCAUUCUGAAGAGGUACUACGGUCACGUCUUCUACCUGAGCCAACACGGAUUGGCUCCGACGUCAGCCGCAGGAACGACAAUGCUGACCCAGCAGCUGCCAUGCAACUACCAACGCUCGCAGCGGGCCCUCCGAACCCCACACCGGAUCUGCUACCGCCGAAGAACGGAGAGGCAUCGAUCCUGGCACAGAACUAUUUUGCCCUUGGGGAAGACUUAGUCGGGAAUCUGGAUGAUUGGUGGUUUCCCCGACAGUACGCUUGA